UCCUGCGCAUGCGCGACACACAUGGUGCAGGUCACGUAUGAUCAGUGACAUUCCACAAACACCUUUUUGACGAAACUGUCGGAUGCGCUGCGCAAAAUUUUUCUUUCGGAGUUCAUAGUCCCGAAAGUAUUUAAAUCUCGACAUGGUACGUCCAUCGCUACUUCCCUGGAAUUCAAACAGCAUUCAUCAAAUCUUCAAGUCUGAUUUAAGUCAUCUCGGUGCACGUUAAAGCUUCUCGGCCUGACUGAGCUUUCUUUGUUAUAGCUUGCUAGCUGCUAAUAAAGAGACGCGUUUGUGAGCCACAGGGGUGAUCAUCAAGUGAUGUCAUUGUUAUCGUGUGAAAAUGUGCGCAAGAAGGACAACAGAGUCUGAAGAGAAACUUUGUAAAGCAAAAGAGAACAAGUGGAAACUGCAACAACUGGACGCUAUUUGCCAGAAGCAGCCUCGCGAUGUGGUUCUCAGAGCAGACAUCAGGGAAGUCAGUCAUCCUGAGCAGCAGGAGCUAAAGUCCUUUCCCAUUAAAGAGGAGGUGGAGGACAAACAUUCCCCAGAGCUCCUUGACAUUAAAGGGGAAGACGAGCCAGAGCCCCUUCACAUCAAAGAGAAAGCGCACGAGUCCCCACAUAUUAAAGAAGAGAAUGAUUUCAUGAAGUCACCCUUGACCGAUGUAUGUUUGAAGAUUGACAAUGACGGUCACAAUGAAAAUAGCAGAGGGGCGGAGCCUCCAAGCAGCAGCAGCUCAAGUCGACGCAUGACAACGAAAAGUGAUGAAGACCACCGUGAAGGAUCACAAGCAAAUGGCCUCUUAGCUCCAAUAUCAGACAGUGAUGACACAAUGUCACAAUUUCCUGACACCGAUGAUGAUGUUGAGUCUGAAGGAAAUAUGACAUGUCACGCUGACGACAAAUGCUGGAAAUGUUCUCAGUGUGGAAAAACUUUUGCUUACAAGUGGGGUUUGAAACAACACUUUAGAAUACACACUGGAGAAAAACCUUUUGCCUGUUCAGAUUGUGGUAAAGGAUUCACUCAGAAGGGAUACUUGAAAGUACACAGAAGAACACACACUGGGGAGAAACCUUUUGUUUGCGCUGUUUGUGGUCAAAGAUAUUCUCAAAAAACCAAUUUGACAACACAUACGAGAACCCACACUGGAGAGAAACCUUUUGUCUGUCCAAUUUGUGGUCAAAGAUUCUCUGAGAACGGAAGCUUAAAAACCCACACAAGAAUACAUACUGGAGAGAAACCUUUUGCCUGCUCAGUUUGUAGUCAAAGGUUCUCUGAUAAGGGAAACUUGACAACACACACAAGAACACACACUGGUGAGAGACCUUUUGCCUGUUCAGUUUGUAGUCAAACAUUCUCCACUAAAAUACAGUUAACAAAUCACACGAGAACACACACUGGAGAGAAACCUUUCGCCUGCUCAGCCUGUGGCCAAAGAUUCUCACAGAAAGGAAAUUUAAAAACACACAUGAGAACGCACUCUGGUGAGAAACCUUUUGUCUGCUCAGUUUGUGGUCAAAGAUUCUCUGAGAACGGAAGUUUAAGAAGACACUCAAGAAUACACACCGGUGAGAAAACAUUUUCUUGCUCAGUUUGUAGUCACAGAUUCUUUGAUCAGGGAAGCUUAAGAAAACACACAAGAACACAUAAUGGUGAGAAAUCUUUUGCCUGCCCAUCUUAACUUCUCUCACAACGACCACGUUAAGAGACAAAUGUGCGGGUGAGAAUAGCGGUGAUCAAAUGAGUCAUUAAAUGAAAAUGUAUUUAUUUCCAAAUGAAAUGAGUUCCUAUGAGUCUGAUUUUCAACAAACUACCUUGUGUGUUAUGUAUCUUUUUAAAGGUCUCUUGUGGAUCGAUAGAAAAUCAACAAAUGGUAAAAUACUGAACACAAUGGAAUUGGUUUGGCCAGUGUUUUUGUGUUUCCAUACCAUAGAUUAUAAUCGUA